CGGGCCGCCGCGUCGCCGUCGCUCCACGACUCCUCGGUCCCCGGUAGCACUCACCUCUGGUGAGUGGUGGCCGUCCGAGUUUCUCCCAAGGCCCCUUCCGUCCUAGAGGGGUUCAGCUUCGUCCUCCCUGCCCCGUGGUCACCCGGCUCCGGUUUAGGGGCAGCGCAGGGACAUCCCCUGCCCGGGGCCGUGCACCGCCCGAGCGCAGUGCCCAGGGGCUUAGCUGGGCAAGAGGUUGGAGGGCCCGGGGACCUCAUCCAGUCUGAGACUACCAGGAGGAGGUGACGCCAGCUGGUGUUGUCUGGAGUGAGAAGGGCAUGAGCAAAUGCCUGGUGGCUGGGACAGGAUCCCGUGUUUGGGAAACUCCAGUUUCCCAAAGUGACUUCGUGUGCUUGGGCAGGGACAGGAAGAGAGGCUGUGAAAUAUGUGACCAGAGAGAGACUGGGAGUGAGGGCAUCUAGGACAAGAACGUUGGAGUCACAGAGGGGCAGAGGAGGGUGCUGGGGAGAGGCCAAGGUGCAGACUCUGAGAGGUCAGCUGUGACAGUCCAGCGCCUCUUCCCCUGGGCAGCCCCUCUCUCCUCUGUUUACCGCUGGGCUUGCUGGUUGAUCCAGGGGGCUCCAGGUCAGCCCAGGAAAAAGCCUCCACAGCAAGCAGAACUUCCUUGCCUGUCCAGACCAGGAAAUACCAGAGUGGGUGCCAUAACAGGGUGUGGCCGAGGGGCCUGAGGGACCAGGCCUUGGGGAGGGCAGGGGAGGCCUCAGUGACCCUGCCCAAGAGGGACCCAGCAUGAACAGAGGCCAGGAAUGCAGGGGAGAGAGCAGGUCUGGCUGCUGGUUAGAUCACCCCAGGGACAGGCAGCUGACUCACCUGGGCACGCCAAGACUAGCCAGUUCUGUCCUCAGCCUGCCCCAUGGUGAGCAUCUAGGCGGCCUGGGGAGGUAGGAGGCUGGGCCCUGCCGGGAACUUGCUGCAUGACCCCAGCUAACUCCAGAGCCUCAGAGCAUCAAAGCCAGGGAAGACAAAGUGAGCGUCUUGGGCUAAAAGACUCUCUAACUCUCAACCUGGAGACGUCUGGUCAGGUCAUCUGGGCAGAUGACUUCCUUUGCCAGGUCCUGAGUCCAGCACCCUGACCAUGUGCAGCCCUGAGGAGGCAGCCCUGCUGCGGCUGGAGGAGGUCUUCUCGGCCACCCUGGCCCGCACCAACAGCCUUGUCCUCCAGCCCCUGCUCAUGACCGCCGCAGAGCCCUCGGACCCCCAGGGCAGAGAGUGCCUGCGGCUCUUGCAGCAGCUGCACUGGAGCUCCCAGCAGCUCUGGGAGGUGACGGAGGAAAGCCUGCACUCACUGCAGGAGAGGCUGUGCCACCCGGACUCUGUCGGGCUGGAGUCCCUGCUGCUGCUGCGUGGUGCUGACCGUGUCCUGCAGGUUUACAUGGAGUACAUCGAGUCCUACACGAGCUGCAUGGUGGUGCAGGCCUUCCAGAAGGCAGCAAAGAGGAGGAGCGGGUACUGGCGGGUCCAGCGGAAGGUACUACGGCAGCUCCUGUGGGGCAUGAGCUCCGAGGGCUCGGUGGGCACAGCACUGGUCGAGGUCCUCUGCCAGCCGCUCACCUAUCACGUGCAGCAGUAUGUGUUCCUCCUGCUGAGCCUCAGCGACACCAUCGGGGAGCAUCACCCCACCCGGGAGCUGGUGGUGCACACAACCACCCUCUUUGGGGACCUGCAGUCCUUCAUGAGGCAGGCGCUGGACCAGGCUGUGGCCACGCAGGCCCUCUGGCACACCCUGAGCAGCCGGCCGAGGGAUGUGCUCUGCAUCCCUGCUCGCCGACUCUUGCAAGACAGCCAGGACGUACCUGUGACAGUCACCCCGCUGCGGGCAGAGCGUGUGCUGCUCUUUGAUGAUGCCCUCGUCUUGCUGCAGGGCCACAAUGUCCACACCUUUGAUCUGAAGCUGGUGUGGGUGGAUCCUAGGCAGGACAGGUGCACGUUUCACCUUCUCACGCCCGAGGAAGAGUUCUCCUUUUGCUCCAAGGACCCUCAGGGCAAGGUGGUCUGGCAGAGGAAGGUUACCGAGGCUGUGUGCCAGGUCCUGCGUGGGAAGAAGGACUUCCCGGUGCUGGGGGCAGGCCUGGAGCCCUCUGAACCCCCAACCUGCCGCUGCGCAGCAUACACCUUCCGCGCUGAGGGCCGGCUCUGCCAGGCCACCUACGAGGGCCAGUGGUGCCGGGGCAGGCCCCAUGGCAAGGGAACCCUGAAGUGGCCAGACGGGCGGAAUCAUGUGGGGAACUUCUGCCAGGGCCUGGAGCAUGGCUUUGGCAUCCGCCUGGUGCCACGGGCCUCUGAGGACAAGUUUGACUGUUACAAGUGCCACUGGUGGGAAGGCAGCAUGAGCGGCUAUGGCAUCUGUGAGAAUGGCACUGAUGAGGUAUACAAGGGCUACUUCCAGGCGGGCCUGCGGCAUGGAUUUGGGGUCCUAGAGAGCACCCCACAGGCCCCUCAGCCCUGCAAGUACACGGGCCACUGGGAGAGGGGCCAGAGGAGCGGCUACGGCAUUGAGGAGGACAGCGACAGGGGUGAGCGCUAUAUUGGCAUGUGGCAGGCUGACCAGCGCCAUGGCCCAGGGGUCAUGGUCACCCAGGCAGGCGUCUGCUACCAGGGGACCUUCCAGGCAGACAAGAUGGUGGGCCCAGGGAUCCUCCUCUCUGAAGACGACUCCUUGUACGAGGGCACCUUCACCAGGGACCUGACCCUUGUGGGGAAGGGCAAGGUCACCUUCCCCAUUGGCUUCACCCUGGAGGGCUCUUUUGGCAGUGGGGCAGGGGGAGGACUGCACACCCAGGGUGUGCUGGACACAGCUGCCCUCCCGCCAGACCCGAGCAGCACCCGCAAGAGGCAGCUGGGUCUGGGCGCCUUCCCCGUGGAGAGCCGCUGGCAGGGCAUCUAUGGCCCCUUCUGGGCCUUUGUGCGCGCCGGCUGCCCUGGGGAGCUGCAGGAGGCCCUGUUGGGCUUCCACGUGCAGAGCUCGCGGGCGCUGCGCAAGUCCCAGGAGUACCUGUGCUGCGAGAGGACCCACCCCGAGGACAGUGCGUGCAGAAUGGAAGACAUCCUGGAGGAGCUACUGCAGCACCGGGAGCGCGAGGCCCUGCAGCAGUGCCUCAGGAAGGCUCUGAGCAAUCCGCUGCACCCCCUGGGAAAGCUGCUCCGGACGCUGAUGCUGACCUUCCAGGCCACGUAUGCAGGCGUUGGGGCUAACAAGCACCUGCAGGGGCUGGCCCAGGAGGAGGUGAAGCAGCAUGCCCGGGAACUCUGGGCCGCCUACAGGGGUCUGCUGCGGGUUGCCUUACAGCGCAAAGGCCAGGCCCCAGAGGAAGAUGAAGAUGCAGAGACGAGGGACCUGCAGGUGCAUGGAUUGGUGCUGCCCCUCAUGCUGCCCAGCUUCUACUCAGAGCUCUUCACUCUCUACCUGCUUCUUCAUGAGAGAGAGGACGGUCUCUACAGCCAGGGCAUCGCCCACCUGAGCCUCUUCCCCGACACCAAGCUGCUGGAGUUCCUGGACGUGCAGAAGCACCUGUGGCCCCUUAAGGACCUCAAGCUGACGACUAAUCAGAGAUGCUCCCUGGUCAGGGACAACUGCUUCCUGUCAGCUACCGAGUGUCUGCAGAGGAUCAUCACCACGGUAGACCCCCGGGAGAAGCUGGAGGUGCUGGAGAGGACAUAUGGGGAAAUUGAGGCCACCGUGUCACGGGUGCUGGGCCAGGAGCACAAGCUGCCCAUGGACGACCUGCUGCCACUGCUCAUCUACGUGGUGUCGCGUGCCCGAAUCCAGCACCUGGGAGCCGAGAUCCACCUGAUCCGUGACCUGAUGGACCCCAUCCACACAGGAGGCCUGUAUGACUUCCUGCUCACGGCCCUGGAGUCCUGUUACGAGCACAUCCAGAAGGAAGACAUGAGGCUGCACCGCUUGCCCAGCCGCUGGAACUCCAGGGCGCCCUGGUAGCUCUGCCUCUCCUGGACCAACUGCAGAGCUGAGAGGGGCCACGUGGACUUCUUGUGGGAGCGAGCAUGGCCCGGCCUGGCCCUCGUGGCCCAAGGGGCGGAGGGCAGGAUGGGCCCGUGGAGGCAGCUCUUGGAGGAGAUGGGCAAUUAGUUUCUCACAGGGAAAUGCUGCUGCUGCCCUGACUGGGACGAGGGUGAAGUGUGACAGGUGUGGCCACAGAGCUGGUGGCUUCUCCUUCCCCCUCCCCCUGCCACUCUCUCUGCCACUAGGCCAGUCUCGAGUGAGCUCCUUGAGCUGCAGCAGCUCACUGGCUAGGGGCAAGGAGCCCCUGGCUUCUCCUUGCCAGAGCCUUGCUCCCAAGUUAUCGAGGCUCUCUGGGCCUCAGUGUUGCCAUCUAUAAAAUGGUGGACUAGGUGGUCUGUAAAGGACCUUCCAUCCAUCUUCUGGCUUCUGGACGCCACCCAGAAGUCUGACUGUAGUGUGUUGGGCUGUAACUGAAAUUCUCAUGUCACUGUUGGUCUCGUGCCCUGUUUCUCCACUCCUGGUCAAAAGGCUCCAAGCUGCUAGUGACCACUCUGUGUGUCGGGCCUUUUUCCCAUGAGUGGUGCCCUAGAGACCUGCCUCCACCCUGACUGUGCCCCUGGGUGAGCUGGCCGCUCAGGGCUGCAAGGCAGGAAAAGCUCCACCCUGACUGAGGCCCUUCCCCUCGUUGGGUAUGCAGUUGAGGGGCUGAGCUUGGAGGUCUCGGACCUGCAGUGUGUGUAUCUGAUGUAAAGGGGGGGGGGAGGGACACGCCUUGCUUGCCUCAUUGCCAGCUGGCCCCAGGUGGCCUGGGAAUUACACACCUGUGACUUCUGUGGCCUGCGUACAGGAGGGACAGCAGGGGCACGAGGUGGGCCUGUGCCCUGACAGCAGUGCCUCUGGCUCAGGACCCUGCAGGGGGCGGGGGGGGCAAUGGGAGCUCAGAUGCCUUUGGGAGGGGAGGACUUGGUUUACAUAGUGGUUCGAGCAUGGGAACAAGAGAUGCAGGAGCUGGGUCUUGGGGCAGCUUCAUCCCUGCUGGGCCUCAGUUUCUUCUCCCCACAUUGAGGGGCUUGGGCCAGGUGACCUGCAGGGGCUCCCCCUGCCCUAAUAGGAGAUGUAUGACAGUAGGCAGGGGGACUGUGUUCUGAAGUGCUCGGGGGCGAAGCCCAGCGAGAGGGGGGAUU